CAGUAACAUCAGCGUCACCCGGGAGCCAGUGACAAUGGCAGGGCCUCUGGCGCUGCCCUGGGGCCGUCGAGUGAGACUCUGCCCUUCAGCGGGACCCCAGGUGGGCUGUGUGCCCAGGAGUUGGAGCAGCGGCGGCCUUGUGGCUGUGUCCCCAGUUUUAGUUCACCCCCACAAAGCCGGUGACACUAACAGGAACCCAAUAGGGCCCCCCUCUGGUCCUCCAGAACCCCAACACUCAGAACUUUGCUACAAAGGCUGCUGUGGCCUCAGCGUGUCCAAGAAGGUACUUCCCGGCUGCCGUGGGUCCUGCUUUGAUCACCGACGGAAGCCAGGCCUGCCCUUUGGACCACGACUCCCCAUCUCGGGCGCCCCAGAGUUGUCUGUCCUGACCCAGCUCGGCCCCCACGGGCCUGAGAGUAACCGGGCUUCCGGCAGCAUGACAGCCAUGGGGCUGCUCUGGAUAUCGCUGCUGCUGCUGGUGGCCUCGUGUGUGUCCGCUGUCCGGGGCUCGCCAGGGGACGGCGAGAAGGAGGACGUGAGCAUCGAUAUGUCCCCGCCGUUGCACAUCAUGGAGGAACGCAACUUGAUGGUGCUGACACCCGCUGGCCUGACCCAGAUGCUAAACCAGACCCGCUUCCUCGUGGUGCUUUUCCACAACCCGUCCUCAAAGCAGUCCAGGAGUCUCGCUGAAGAGCUGGGCAGAGCCGCAGAGAUGAUGGGCAAAGGCAAGAACGGGGUCGGCUUUGGCAAAGUGGACGUCACGGUGGAGAAAGGACUACGGAAGGAGUUUGGCGUGCAGAAGGCCCCGGAGUUGAAGCUGUUUUUUGAGGGCAACAGGCUGGAGCCCAUCAGCUGCGAAGGAGUGGUUGAAUCUGCUGCCUUGGUCGUCUGGUUGAGAAGACAAAUUAGCCAGAAAGCGUUUUUGUUCACUGACAUCCAGCAGGUGGUCGAGUUUGUGAAAGCCAGGCCGUUGGUCAUCGUUGGUUUCUUCCAGGAUUUAGAGGAGGAAGUGGCAGAACUGUUCUACGAUGUCAUCAAAGACUUCCCCGAGCUCACGUUUGGAGUGAUAUCCAUCCCCCAGGCCGCUGGGCGUUUCCACGUCACUCUUGACAGCAUUCUGGUGUUCAGAAAGGGGAAAAUGGUGACCCGCCAGGAGCUGAUCAAUGACAGCACCAACAAACACGUCCUCAAUCAAAUCCUAAAACAGCAGCUCACCGGCUUCGUAAUUGAAUACAACAGCGAGAGUAAGGAUCUGAUUUACGAACUGCAAAUCCCGAACCACAUGCUCCUCUUUGCCUCCAAAAGCUCCACGUCGUUCGGAAGGGUAAUGCAGCAUUACAGGGCGGCCGCGCAGGAGUUCCAGGACAAGAUUCUUUUCAUCCUCGUGGACGCCGACGAGCCCAGAAACGGGCGUAUCUUCGAACACUUCCGGAUCACGGAGGUUGACAUCCCAUCUGUCCAAAUCCUAAACUUAAGCUCUGAUGCGAGGUACAAAAUGCCAUUUGAGGACAUAACCUUCCAAAACCUCAAGAAAUUUGGCCGCAGUUUCCUGAAUAGAAAUGCCAAGAUACAUCAAUCCAGUGAGGAGAUCCCAGCACAUUGGGACCAGGGGCCAGUUAAGCAGCUCGUGGGGAAGAAUUUCAACCGCGUCGUCUUUGACAAGGAAAGGGACGUGUUCGUGAUGUUCUACGCCCCCUGGUCCAGCCGAUGCAGGGCGCUCUUCCCGCUGUUGGAGGAGUUGGGCAUCAAGUACCAGAACCACUCCACCGUCACCAUCGCCAAGAUCGACAUCACAGCCAACGACAUCCAGCUGAUGUACCUGGACCGGUCCCCCUUCUUCCGGCUCUUCCCCACCGACUCCCAGCAGGCGGUCCUGUACGAGGGAGAACAUACCGUGAGGGCCUUUUCUGCCUUCCUGGAAAGUCAGAUCCAGACCAGGGCUGAGGCUGGAGAUGAGCUAAUGUCUGUUGAGCAAAGUGAAGAGAAAGAAAAGGCGGUAUUAGCUGAGGAAGAGGAGGCAGUACCUUUAGUGAAGAAAGAGUUACCCGCGCAGAAGUUGCCUGAGCUGGAGAAUGUGACCGAGCUGGAAGAGCCCGCUGGGCAGAAGGCAACAGCCGAGGAGGAAAAAGUGGCAAAGCCAAAGGGAGGACCAAGACAGGAGAAGACACCAGCAGUGAAGGACGAACUCUAGCUUCUCCAUCCAGGAGGGCGGGUGCCGUUUGCCAGCUGCUGGCACCAUUUUCUGAGUGAUCUACUCCAGUAAAGUUAUAUAUCAUUGUGCUGGCUGGGUGGCGGCUGGAUAA